GGAGAGAAAACUAGAAAAGCGGGAACGUCAAUGAAUGAAAAAUCGAUUAAAAUAAUUCGCGAUCAGAUUCGAGAGACUCAGGAUAGAAAAUAAUAAUAAUAAUGAGCGCGUAUAGUUAGGGAUCUCGAUGUCAAAAGACUUUAUGAAAUUUUGAUAUUAAAAGCAAAACAGUGAUAUGUCCGUGCCUAUUUUACGCGUGUGUCCGCAAUUACCGGCGGUGAUUGCCUUCGGAAAUCCUUUGCUGGAUAUUAUCGUCCGAAUGAAAGGAAUGGAAGCAGUCCACGCAGUCCACCUUUUGAAUAAAUAUAACCUCAAAAUGGAUGGUCAAUCUGAACUUUCGGCCGACGAGAUGCAUGCUCUUCUGGAAUAUUUACCCCAAGAAUUUGAGCAAACACCAAGUCCCGGAGGAUGUGCUCAAAACACUUUGAGAAUGUUGCAGUGGCUUUGUGGAGGUCCAAACGAACCUCACGUUGGAGUUUUUUAUGGAGGACUUGGAAAAGAUGCCCGGGGAGUAACUUUAGAAAAAAUUGUUCGAGCUGCUGGAGUUGACGUUCAGUACGCUCUACAUCCAACUCUUCCAACUGGAAUUUCUGUAAAUUUAGUAACGGAUUCUUGGCAAACGCUGACUGCAAAUUUAGGAGCAGCUGGCGUUUAUACUCUUCAUAAUUUGCAUAAUAGUAGUUUACCUUUAGAUACUGUAAAAAUAAUUUAUAUUGAAGGAUUCUUUAUAACGCACAGCCUCGACGUUGCCAGAGAAGUCGUAAAAAGGGUGAAAGGAAGGGAUGUUAUUAUAGUAUUUAACUUGUGUGGCGAUUACAUUUUUGACAAUCAUUUACCUGCGAUUCUUGAAAUGGUAGGAAUUUCUAAAAUAGUUUUUGGAAAUGCGCAAGAAAUGAAAAUGCUGGCUUUUUCACUGAACAUCCAUUACGAAGAUGCUGCACAUAUUCCAUUUUAUUUAAAUAGUAUCAACAAAGUUACGGUCAGCAUUUCGAGUUCAGAGUCGAAGGACUGGCUCUCCACCGAUGGAAUUUUUGUAAUGACUCAGGGUGGACAGGGCCCUGCGAUUGCUGUCUGGGGCCACGGACAAUCUGUUCAGGUUCCGCCAAUAGUUCCUAAAGCUCCAAUUGUAGAUACAACCGGCGCUGGAGAUGCACUCGUGGCCGGUUUUCUUGCUGGAAUUUUGGCUCGUAAAGAUCCAAAAACAUGUCUUGAGUGGGGCUCGAAAAUGGCAUCGUUAAUAAUAACGAGGCUCGGCGUCACAAUACCGAAUGGAAUACAGCCAGACUUUUUACAGUAAUUAUUUUUAAAUCCAUUAACCCACAGUAAAACAAGAAUUGAUCCUCAUUUAGGGUGACCCCAAAAAACCCGCAUAAUAUUCUUUUUUUUUUAAUCCUUCACUCGCUAACCUUGUUCCAUUUAGGGAAAAACGAAUAUUUUUAUUUAAUUCAAAAAAUAAGUAAUAAAUAAAUUUGUUCACUGAGUAGAAGAAAUUUAGGGGAAAGGAGUUAUAAAAAAUAGAAUUUUUCUGGGUCACCCUAAUCCUCAUUCUUCAAGAAAUCUUUAUUUGGAAAAGAUUUCAAAUUUUACUGAAAAUCUGAAUUAGUACAAAAUAGAGGUAUUAUUUUCCUGUUAUCCUAAUAAGUGAGUUUAGCGAUUUAAGUGUUGUUGUGCAUUAUUGUACAUUAUCGUUUCCGUAGGUAAUUAAUUAAUAGGAAUCCUUCUUUUUUGGGAACUGAAUGAUACAGUUUCAAUAGAAUAGGUCGUGAUAAUCGCCAGGAAUUGAAACCAUAGGGAAAAAUAAGAAAAUUAAAGAAAAAAUAGAAAAUUAAAAGAAGAUAUUUUAAAUGCGUACCGUUUUUGUUGAAAAUAGAAUUUCAGUCAAAGUCUGGGACUCUUUCCUCCAAUCAUAGUCUUCAGUUUCAGUUCCUGGUUUAGCAGAUAAUUCCAGAUGUACAAAAAACAAUUGUGUAUAGACAAAGUACUAUUUUCUCUAACAAACUUCAGAGGUAAAAAUAAUUGAUGUGCUUCAGAUAAACUUUACAGCGAUGAUAAAUUUAUUGGAUUAUUGAUUAAACAGGUCGUCAAAAUUUCAUAGAUUUUAGAUUGUUUUUAAGGAAAUGAAGUGCAAUUUACUUGUUAAUAAUAAAUGUAUUAUUUAAAGUUGUUAAAUAUAUAUAUUAAAAGGGUAGCCACCUUCUCGGGAGAAUCGGGAGAUCCGGGAGCAAGCCGGGAGAGAAAUAUGACUCCGGGAGAUUUUCCGUAUUUCAUCAUUCGCGCAUUUUGUAAUUCUUGAAAUUUUCUAACUAGAAAGUAUAUAAUUUUCAAAGUGUUUAGAAUAAUUACAUUCUAAAGGAUCGCUAUGUUUCUCGCAGUAUUUGAAAUUCUGAAAUUAGGAAUCGUGAAAAUGACAGUGACUUUUUAUUUGACAGAAUCACAUCUUUUAGUAAAAAAAAUCUACACAGUUGUUUUAAAUGUCACUUGAUUUAUUAAUAAUGUAUUUAUCGUUUUUAAAAAUUCAAUAAUUUAAGUUA